AUGAAAGUUUUUGACACUGCACCAACUUCCUCCUCAAAGACAUCACAGUCUACCACUAGAGCAGAGUACCCUAGGCGGUCUGGACGGGCUACAAGACCUCCAACCUGGACAAAAGAUUAUGUUUGUGCUACUCACCACUCUCUAGGUAUUCAGUAUCCGAUAUCCUCAUAUGUUUCCUUUCAUAGAUUAUCUCCAAAGCAUAGAUGUUGUAUUUCUCGUUUAUCUGACGACAAGGAACCGUCCAAUUAUGAAGAGGCUUCCACUAAUCCAAAAUGGCAAGAAGCAAUGAAGGCAGAGUUGAAGGCACUUACUAAUAAUCAUACAUGGGAUCUUCUCCCACUACCAUCUCAUCGCAAACUGAUUGGAUGCCAAUGGGUCUACAAGAUCAAGUAUCGCGCUAAUGGCUCUAUUGAACGGUAUAAGGCCGGACUGGUAGCCAAAGGGUUCACCCAAAGAGAAGGUUUUGACUACCACAAGACGUUCUCUCCAGUUGCCAAAGACGUAAUAGUCCGUUCAUUCUUAGCUAUUGCUGCAAUUAAUGACUGGCACCUACAUCAAAUGGAUGUCCAUAAUGCAUUCCUCCACGGUGAUUUAGAUGAAGAAAUACGUCGAGGUGACGUGGUGAUGGAUGAUGCAAUGGUGGAUGAAACGGGCACACGAUGGGCUGUUCUAGUCGCCGGAUCCAGCGGUUAUCAAAACUUCAGGCACCAGGCUGACGUGUGCCAUGCCUACCAAAUCCUUAAGGCAAAUGGAUUGAAAGAUGAGAACAUUAUCGUGUUCAUCUAUGACGACAUCGCCAAUCACCAGAAUAAUCCCACCAAGGGUAUCAUUGUCAACAAACCCAACGGCCCCAAUGUCUACAAAGGAGUUCCUAAGGACUACACCGGUGAUGAGAUCACAGCAGCCAAUUUGUAUGCAGUCCUUCUCGGGAACAAGAUGGCUCUCGACGGGGGCAGUGGCAAGGUUUUGAACAGUGGACCAAAUGACCACGUCUUCUUCUAUUACUCCGACCAUGGGACCACAGGAGUUAUGACCAUGCCCGCGGGGGACUAUAUAUACGCAGACGACUUUGUGAAUGUGCUGAGGCAAAUGUACAAGGCGAAGAAGUACAAGAACAUGGUGAUAUAUAUAGAGGCGUGUGAGGCGGGGAGCAUAUUGCAAGGGUUGCUCCCCAGGGACAUAGGGAUCUAUGCGACCACGGCAUCCAACGCCGAGGAGAACAGCUGGGCCUACUACUGCCCUAGUGGCCCACCAGGGCGCGUGCCUAUUGGCGGUGAUCCCGCCAAGUAUGGCACUUGCUUGGGGGAUCUCUACAGCAUCGCUUGGAUGGAGGACAGUGAAGCCAACGAUUUGGGGAAGGAAACAUUGCAGGAGCAAUACUUGAAGGUGAAGGAUAGGACCAAUCUGUCCCAUGUGAUGCAAUAUGGCGACACCAUUCUCAGCAAGGCCUUUGUCUCUACUUACAUGGGCCGACGCUCCAAUAACGUGUCUACCAUUCCCUUGGAGGAGCUCUCCACUUCAAAUUCCCAGGCAGUUCCCCAACGGGAUGCUGAUUUGGUCUUUUUCCAACACCAGGUGAGGAUUUACCAGCAAUACUGUGGACGCCUGAGGGAGUAUGGAAUGCAAUACACCAGAGCCAUGGCAAACAUGUGCAACGCUGGAGUAGACAAGGAUAGUAUGAAAGCGGCUUCUAUUCAAGCUUGUUAUGGGAAAGUAGAGUGA